CUUUUAUUUUUUCAUUUUUGGAAGGGGGCCAAAUUUCAAAUAUGCAUCCAAACUCAUUUUGCUCCCAAUUUAAUAUUCAUUUUAUAAUAACUUGAAUCCCAGGCCCGAAGGUUACUACGGCGAUACAUUUUUUCAACGAACAGAGCAUAGGGAAGGAUUACUGGGGUUUGUUUUCUUCUCUGUCUGCUUUUGUUAGUAAAAAAGAAAAAUUAAGAUGUUUGGGACUGCAGUAAGGUGUUUCGCGACGAAGCCAAAGCCCAAAAUGAAACCGAUAGAGCUUAAAACUCCACCGGAGCAAACCCAGACGAUCACUAGAGCCAUCUUCGACAUUGUUAAGGAGCACGGUCCACUAACCAUAGCCGAAACUUGGGACCGCGUUCAGGAAGUUGGUUUGAGAGGAUUAACAAGCAAAAGGCAUAUGAAAAUAGUGAUGAGAUGGAUGAGGGAACGACAGAAGAUAAGAUUAAUGUGCAACCACGUAGGACCUCAUAAGCAGUUUCUUUAUACCACCUGGUUCACAAAACCCAACUUCGAACAGGCAAAGCAACUGCAGCGCAAUGUUUCACAACCGAAAAGGCCUUGAAUGCCUACAGGUUACCUGUAAAGAAGCUUUGUUUUCUUGUUUCUUUAUUUCUUUUUCAUGGAAGUUGUUCUUUAGUUUUUCCACAAACGACAACUAUAUAGAACGAAUGACCAUAGGCAAGGAUUUAAACACCGACCUUGUAUAAUUUUAGAUCCUUAAUCUUUUAGAUAACAGAUUGUAUUGAGGGUCGUUAGUCAGUUGAUACUCCUUUUGCCUUUGGUUCUCCCUAAAACAUAUAUAUUAGACUGUUUCCUAAAAGCCUUGCUGAUGUGAAAAUCCAUUGUUUAUUGACCGGUAAGUUAUAAUUAGAAUCUUUUUGUGAAACAA